CCAUGACUCCAAAUCAAAAAGAAAAAAUGAAUUGAGAUAGAGCGUGGCUGCAUAGAGAUCAUCCAGAAAAGAAAACCCCGAAACUCGAAUUUCCAACCCAUGAAUAACAGCCUCAAAUUAUAGGCUGCAAACACUUUGGACAGCUGUAACCACCACCACCACCACCCUCUGCUGCUGCUGCUUGGCGGUUGCCCUGCCAUGGCCGCGGUGGCGUGGCUCUCCACUGUUAUAAUUGACUGCCCCAGUUGCAGCCGCACCGUUAAACGCCUCGGUUUUUCCCGCCAAAUCAAUGGCCUUAGGCACAACUUCGCGGUAACCGGUGUCAACUCCGUGCGACGCCGGAAAAGUCGAGCUUCAACCACCAUCACCUGCUUCGCAUCCAAUGGACCCUCUCCGUCGGAGAUCAGUUCUACAGCCAAAAUACGAAGUGAAGUUCUCUCUCCCUUUCGCUCUGUUCGAAUGUUCUUUUAUCUUGCUUUUGUUGCAAGUGGUUCCCUUGGAGGAUUCAUAGCCUUCACACAACUACUUGGUGCCCUGGCGAAUUCAUCAAGAGCAGCUGAAGCUCCUGAAAUCCUCAAGGGUCUAGGCAUAGAUUUAGCAGCAGUCUCUGUUUUCGCAUUUCUUUAUUACCGGGAGAAUAACGCUAAAAAUGCGCAGGUGGCCAGACUUUCAAGGGAAGAAAGUCUCUCAAAUCUUAAGCUUCGUGUAGAUGAGAAGAGGAUUCUUCCUCUUAGUGCUUUUAGGGGAAUUGCUCGCCUUGUUAUCCUGGCUGGUCCUGCAGCUUUCAUUGAGGAGUCCUUCAAACUCAGUCAACCUUUCUCUGAGCGUCUUCUGGAAAGAGGGGUGCUUGUUGUACCAUUUACUACAGAUGGAAAUUCUCCUACCUUUCAGUUCGAAGAAACAGAAGAGGGAAAUGAGAUUAAUGCAAAAAGGAAAAGGCUAUGGCAGCUGGCUCCUGUUUAUGCUGCUGAGUGGACCAAGUGGAUGGAUGAACAAAAGAAGCUGGCUAACAUUUCUACUGAAUCUCCAGUGUAUUUGUCUCUCCGCAUGGAUGGUCGAGUUCGGGGUAGUGGCGUUGGUUAUCCACCUUGGAAUGCCUUUGUUGUGCAAUUACCACCAGUAAAGGGGAUAUGGUCUGGUCUUCUUGAUGGCAUGGAUGGAAGAGUGUUAUAAGCAUUGGAACUCUCCUCUCCUGAUAUAUGAAAGUUGAAUUUCUGCGAAUUAACUCUGUCGCUAGCUCUGCAUCAAAGAGCUUUGGAAACAUUCACUCAUAUCACAUCAUAGAGCACAACUCCACCCCUCCCCCAACCCAAUACGUCAUGUAAUUUACUUAGAUCUCAGUUACGAUCCCUCCAUUAAUCAGCAACACGGUUUUCUCUCAUUGCUCCUGGUUUUUCUUUAAAGUAACUAGUUGCCGCGUGUGUUGUUUCUUAACAUCUUGCCCCCUUUAUCCUGUAAAAGAUGUGGCCCGAAUACUAUGCAUUUAAUCUGCAUAUGCCUAAAAGAAAUUAUCUUUUGCUUAAUUCUCA